CUCUGCACAUCUGAUUUAGAAGCUCAAGCGUGGCAGUGUGUAAGAGAGUCAUCCCAGGCGUUUACCAUGAAGACCUGCGUGCUGUUAUCACUGCUGCUGGCGUUGGGUUGUGUGACCAUCAAUGGUGCACCAGUGGAGCAUGUUGGCAUGGAGCCAGGCUCAUGUGAAGAUGCAUCAACAAAAGCAGCUGCUGAGCUGGCUCUUACCAAAAUCAACCAGGACAGGAAGGAGGGCUACAUCUUCAGCCUGCACCACCUGUCCAACGCCCACAUAAAGAGACAUGGAGACAAUGGUGUGGUCUUCUACCUGACUCUGGAUGUUGUGGAGACCAACUGCAGUGUUCUCAGCAGGAAGGACUGGAAGAGCUGUGACAUUCGUCCAAGGGAAAAUAUCAAGGUAUAUGGACAGUGCAAAGCUGCUAUCUUCAUCAGUAAGGUACACAGAGUGGUUCGUCUCUACAAAUACAAGUGUGCUAUCAGACCAGGUACGGUGCAUGAGGACUGUGAUGGCUGUCCAUAUUUAGCUGACAAUAAUGAGGAAGCUGAAAUUCAGAAGACUGUGACCCACUCUCUGGAGACGUUCCACAACCAGAGCAGGCCGGCCAAUCGUUUCACUCUGCUCAAAAUCUCCCGUGCUACUGCACAGGUUGUCGCAGGUUCAAUUUACCGUGUGGAAUACACCAUCCAGGAGACCACCUGCCCCCACAGCACAGAAGCAGUGACAGCUGAGAACUGCCCCCCUAUGGACUGCGAGUUUGCUCACAAGGGCUUCUGUAAGGCAUCCCUCUUCCAGCCUCUCUUGGGUGAGGGGAAAGUCGCCGUUAACUGUGAGAUCUAUGAGCCUGAGGCUGCUAAGAGACAGAUGAAGCUCCACCUUCUGGGCGGAGAGACUGACCACAGCCACAAUGACACACACUCACACAGCCACAACCACACCAAGAGCCACUCUCAUCAUGGCCCCACCCACAACCACACUGAUGACCACGAUCACCACCAUAAACAUGACCAUGCCACAGGCAGUGCCCACAGGCAUGCUCAUAACCACUCCCACGACCACGGUAUGAACCACGAUCAUGUGCACACUCAUCACGCCAAGGCACACAACCACAGCGGUGACUCCCCCAACCACCACCAUGACUACAAGCACGCAGAAGGUGUGCACACCCAUGAACAUGACCACGAGCUGGCGCUGGACCACGAUCACAACCACGGUCACCUGCAUGAACACGAGCACCACCACCAUCACCACAAGCACGAACAUGAGAACACACCCCACGAUGGUGCAAAGGGAACAGUGAUAGUCCUGCCUGCCUUGGGCCAGCCUGUGACCCUGCCUUCCUUCCCUGAUGUCCCAGUUGGUGGCCCUGGAGUUGGAGUCACUCUCCCACUUAAGCCCGACCCUCAGAUUCCUGGACAGAUGGAGCCCACCAUCGAGCCCUUCCCAACCUCAGUCUCUGCCCAGUGCCCCACCACAGCGGGAGGGGAUCAAGAUGUGGGGAUUCUCUUUGCUAAUGACCCCAUGUUCAAGCCAGCUGCAUAAUGUGGUGUAUGAAACUGAUCUCAAAAACUACACACAAAGUGUAGUGAAAUUAUAUUACUCAGUGACUGUCAAUGACUGCUUAAUUUUUCUGUCAGUGUAAUAAACACAGUGUGCAAAACUCAUUUAAUUACUGAACUAUAUAAAUAAAUAAAUGAAUAUA